GAUGGGGUCCCGCCGCCCGCGGGCCUGACCCGCCGGCCCGGCAUGGCGGGCAUCAUCAAGAAGCAGAUCCUGAAGCACCUCUCCCGGUUUACCAAGAAUCUCUCUCCAGACAAAAUCAACCUGAGCACGCUGAAGGGUCAGGGGCAGCUGACCAACCUGGAGCUGGAUGAGGAGGUGCUGCAGAAUGUUCUGGAGCUGCCCACCUGGCUCGCCAUCACCCGGGUCUACUGCAACAAGGCCUCCAUCAGGAUCCAGUGGACAAAGCUGAAAACACACCCAAUCUGCCUGUACCUGGACAAGGUGGAGGUGGAGAUGAGGACGUGUGAGGAGCCUCGGCCGCCCAAUGGACAGUCCCCCAUCGCUCUUGCUGCUGGACAGAGUGAAUAUGGCUUUGCUGAGAAAGUCGUGGAGGGGAUGUUUAUUGUUGUCAAUUCCAUCACCAUCAAGAUUCACUCCAAGGCCUUUCAUGCUUCUUUUGAGCUGUGGCAGCUCCAGGGCUACAGUGUCAACCCCAACUGGCAGCAGAGUGACCUGCGCCUCACCCGCAUCACGGACCCGCAGAGGGGAGAGGUUCUGACGUUCAAGGAGCUCACCUGGCAGACCCUGCGGAUAGAGGCAGAUGCCACAGAAAAUGGUGACCAGGAUCCUAUCACCACUCCUCUGAGACUCAUCACCAACCAGGGGAGGAUCCAGAUCUCUCUCAAGAGAAGGACCAAAGAUUGCAACGUGGUGGCCUCCAAGCUGAUGUUUCUGCUGGAUGACCUGCUCUGGGUGCUGACAGACUCUCAGCUGAAAGCAAUGAUGAAAUAUGCUGAGUCUCUGAGUGAAGCCAUGGAGAAAUCUGCUCAGCAGAGGAAAAGCUUGGCACCAGAGUCUGUACAGAUCACCCCCCCUGCUCCCAGUGCCCAGCAGUCGUGGGCUCAGCCCUUUGGAGCCAGCCCCAACGCCAGCAGCAUCGGGCAGUACUUUGACAAGCACGACAUGAAGGAAUCCUCCUACCACCUGCUCAUCUCCCGCCUGGACCUGCACAUCUGUGACGACAGCCACGCCCGGGAGGCAGGUGCUCAGAAGCAUGGCAUGCUGGGCGGUGCCAUCCAGCUGACCUUCAGGAGGAUGGCUUUUGAUUAUUAUCCUUUCCACAGGGCAGGAGAUGCCUGCAAGCAUUGGGUGAGGUACAGUGAAGCGAUGGAGACUCGGGGACAGUGGGCAAAGAAGUUGGUCAGUGAAUUUCAAAGCAAGAUGGAGAAGUUUUAUGAAGAAUCAGACCCUGUGUUUGCCAGGACUCCACUUUCUCCUUUCAAAAGGAAACCAGGUAAAGAGCCUCCCCAGAGCCCCCAGAGGAGCCCCCCAGAGAAGGGCCGGGCUCCCCCCACGAGCCUCCCGCGGCUGCGGCAGCCGCCCUGGCACCGGCUGCGCUCCAGCUGCGUGCUGCUCAGGGUGGAUGACCUGGACGUGCACCAGGUCUCUACAGCUGGGCAGCAAAGUAAGAAACCCUCCACCUUGCUUUCCUGUAGCAGAAAAAUCUUCAAACUCCCUGACCAGGUCUCUGCAAUCCAUAUUGAAUUCACAGAAUAUUACUUCCCAGACAAUCAGGACUUUCCAGUUCCAUGCCCAAAUCUGUACAUGCAGCUGAACGGCCUGAUGCUCACCCUGGACACACCAAGUGUGCUCUGGAUAAAUCUCUUCUGCCUGGAUCUGUGUCGCAGCCUGGAGCAGUUCAAAGCCAUCUACAAGCUGGAGGACUCAGGCAAGCGGGAUGAGCACGUGGAUGUCCGGCUGGAUGGCUUCAGGCUGAAGCUCAGCAUCCCCGUGGAUAAGAAAGUCACAGAGCACCGGGACAGGCCUCGGGCCCUGUGUGUGUGCAUGUCAGAGGUGACAGCCACCAACACCCGCCACGCUCCCUCCUGCAGCUGCCAGGACCUGCAGAGCCUCUUCAGGAAAUUCGCGGGCUCCGAGUUCUUCCACUCCAGCUACGCGGCGUUCCCCCGGGAGCAGGGCAGCUUCAGCCUCCUGCACACCCUGUUCCUGCGCCACGCCUUCCACGUGGAGGACAGGCCACACAAGCACCACAGGCUGCCUCACAAAACCUCUGCCUCUGAGGACCUGUGGUCUGUGAAUUUCAGUGAGCUCUCCCUGGGGUUUGAGGGGGCUGAAAGCUCCAAGGGCAGAGCCCUUAGUUUUGUUGACCCUUUUCCCCUUUCUAUAUGGGCCUGCCUGCCCAAGAGGUGGGGGCAAGCUCAGAUGUCUAAACGACAGGAGCUGGCCACCUCUGAGGUGAAAAUCAAGCCUUCUGCUAGCUUUAGCAACCACUCCAAGAACGAGAACCUCUCCAGAGAACACGGCAUUUGUCAAAGAUCAAAGACUGACCAAGACCUGAGGAAUAUCUACAAGGCUCCAGACACGAUGGAUGUCUUGGGAGAAUCUGACUGUGAAGUUGAUGAUGGAGUAGACAGUAAAGAGCUGGAAGCCUCUGCUGAUAUCCACGUGCUCAUGUCCUCCUCUGUACACGUCAAAGUUCGGCUCAACCACUACCAGUACUUGGUGCUGCUCAGGAUGAGGGAAGUUCUGCAAGCACUGCAGGAGCAGCUGGCCCAAGAUACCCAGGAAAUGACUGGGUCUCCUUUAGAUGCCAUGUCUGCUUGUGUGGGAGUUAUGUUCCCCAGUGCUGAGGUGGCCCUGCUCAUGGCCCCCGCCCCAGGGUCUGUCGUGGAGCCCAGGUCCCUGGACUCAGACACAACCAGCCUGAUCGAGUCCGAGCUCUCGCCCUCAGACAGCAAGGAGGGGCUGGCAGCUGAAGAGAAGGAGCUGAAAUCAGAGAGCAGUUCGGAGAAGGGCUUGGGCAGCACCUCAGAGCUGCCAGAGGACAGUGGGACCCAGGACACCGGUGCCAGUGUCCCCCUGGAGAGGCUCCCGAGGUCCGCGAGCGACGGCGCCCUGAGCGCAGCUCCCCGCGGUAAGGGCGCAGAGGAGAAAGCCUUGAUAGAGGAAGCACACGAAGCUGUGGAAGCCCUGGUUGCAGAGAGACCAGCAGAGACCAGCAGCCACCCUCAGAGCCCCCCUGCUCUCCCUUCCAGCCCAGCCUCGGACACGCAGCCCUCGGGCAGAGGAGGUGUUGCCCUCAAUGGCCAGGCCGAGCUCGUCCCGCUGCGGAGCAUCGAGGUGGAGCUCUCCAGCGCACUGCACAUCACCAAGGAUGCCACCAAGGAAGCUCUGCACGCCACCAUGGACCUCACCAAGGAGGCCAUGUCCCUCACCAAGGAUGCCCUGAGCCUGAGCAGGGACAAGAUGACCUCCACCAUGCAGAGGAUGCUGUCCCUGCCCCCGGCCAGGGAUUCUGUGCCCAAAGCAGAGGAGGGAGCGCUGACCCCGGGCGGGGCAGGCAGCGGCCGGAUGCGUUUCUUCUCCAUGAAGAGAACCUCAUCCCAGCACUCCUUUGACACCACAUCCGUGGAUGGCAGUGGCCCUGAGGACGGGCUGUCCGUGGACAGUGAUGGCAGUGAUGGCUUCGUGAUGCUCACAGACUCUGAACCCAGCCUGGACCCCCUUUCUUCAGGGCAGCUUCCCCCAGCCCACAAUGACACGGGCAGCAGAAGCAGCCUGGUGGCAGAGGACGAGGGUGGAGUGUCCCCUGAGGUGAACAGCUCCACGUCCCAGAGCGAGGACCCCAGUCUGCAGCUGGUGUCUGUCCUCGUGCUGAAGAUGAGUGAUGUGAACUGUGCCGUGGAGGUACAAGGAGAUGAUUUGUCUGUGGCUUUACAAGUGAUGAAGGUGGUUCCAGAGCAGCUGAACAACGUUGGCAUGUGGCAGUUCCUGCGUGGCUACGUGGCUCUAGGAGACCCAGGAGAGGGGAAGGCUGCGAGCCCUGAGCCCAGGCAGCCCCAGCCCGAGGUGUCCCUGCGCCUGCAGUCGGGGCCGCGCGCGGCCGCGCUCUCGGCCCUGGCUGAGCACAACGGCUUCCUGCAGCUGCUGCUGCACAGCCCGGCCACCGAGCUCUGCACCUCCUGCCUCGCCAGCCUGGGACCCUUCCUGGAGGAUGAAAUCAUCCCUGAGGUCAUCCCCAUGGAGAUAGAGGUGGUGGAUGCCAAAAUCACCUUGAAGGAUGACACCCCCCCAGUGUACCCCACCUCCCCUGGCCCCGUCCCCAUCACCUUGGCCGUGGAUCACAUCGUGGUGAGGCGCAGGGAUGACGGUGUCUUCUAUGUCACAGCUCCGCAGGGGAAGGACUCAGUGAAACAGGAAAAGUCUGUGUCAGUCCCUGAGGAGCAGAAGGCCCCAUCAGAGUCUGUGUCAUCAGCCCCAGCAGCAGGAGCACGUGGGCUGCAGCUCAAGCAGGUGCCAGAGUUGCAGAGGGAGCUGCAGACCUUGAAACUGGCCCUGGCAGAAGCCAACAUGGACAAGGCUCGCCUUCUGCAGGAGAUCAGGAAGUACAACCCCCUGUUCCAGCUCUGACACUGCCAGGGACAGGGCACCAGCACCAGCAGGGCAGGUUUGGUCGUUUUGCUGCCAAACAGGUCCAAGUCCAGGACUGAAACCAGCUGAGACUGCAGAGACUGGGCAGGGAGGGACGGGGGGCCUGGCUGAGAGAAAUGGGGGAAUGAGGAGGAGUUUGGGAGGGCUGCACUGAGCCAUGGUCAGCCCACCAACACCAGGUCAGAUUUUGGGGGGACACCCCAUGUCUCCUCAUCUGUGGGAGGUUUUCGGCCUCCAGCUUUUGUGGUGACUUCUGGAGAUGGUCCAUGCUGGGGUUUCUGCUUCUUUCACCCUUCCCUGUUGUGUUCUUGGCCAGCUGUGCUCGCCAGGCCCACAGCAGGAGCAGGGUGAAGUGACCCUGUCCCUGUCCCUUCAGCACCUGGGCAGUGACAGCACAGGGGUGGCAGAAGGGUCAGGGACAGCAGGGCACACAGAUUCCCACAAGAACAGGGGCAGGGCAGCACAGAAAUUCCUUCAGAUUCCCUUUCCCACCAGUAAUUCCUUGUGUAGAGAUGGAUGCAGUGUAUGAGACUCAGUCCAGUCCACUUCAUCCCACAAUGUUUGGCUUUAUUGGUGCAGGAUUAAUUCUUUACAAGGCAGUGUUUCAAUUUUUACUAUCAAAUAAUGGGGUGAGGGAGUUGGUUCAGUCUCAGGAGAUGACCUGGGUGUUUUUGGGAUGCACUUUGUGCUCAGAGCUUUGUGUGCCUGAGUUCCCCACUGGGGAGGAGGAGCUGUGGGUGGAAUCUUUCAGCAGGGCUGGGAUGGGACCCCAGAACCACCUGCCAGCCCUGAUCCCAAAGGGAAAUCACUGAACACCCCCAUGUGGAGCAGCUCCCUGUGAGGAACUGCCCACGAGCAGAAUUUGGAUUUUGUUUCACCAAACUUUGUGCUGCUCCCUCUCCCCGUGGGGGAACAGAAGAGCUCUGAGCACUGCCUGCCUGGGGUGGAAUGCCAUGGUGUUCCUGCUUUUUCUUCAUUAAUUGCUUGGAAAUGGGAGGUUUCUUUCUUCUGCUUUUUCCAAUUUUGAUGACAUUUUGUGUGAGUAUGGGAAGGCUUUGCCAAGGGUUUGCCCAGCCUGCAGGGCCCCACAGCUCCUCCCACGUGUGCAGGCUGAGCACAGCUGGGGCCAGGGUGUUUACAGCAAAUUCCUGCUCCAGCUCCUUCAGUCCAUGGGUUUUGGUGAAGAAUUCCAGCUUCAGUCCAUGGGUUUUGGUGAAGAACUCAAGCAUUUCCUUUGCUCUGAAGACCCAGUAAAAAGAACUGUAACCCAAAACCCACACGCGUGGGAGGACAAAACCUCCUGGGUCCCCACAGAUUGUAAAUAUCAGAGUUUACUUUGUGGAGCCUCUUAUUUAAGGAUUCUUCCUCUGUUCAGUGAGAGCCCAGGGAGUCCUGCCUGGCACAGGGGCCAUGGAGAGCACGUGGCCUCAGCACCUCUCACAGGGCCCCUGCAAGGGGAUGGGGGGGAAUGUGCAACUCUGAACUUGAAUUUAAAUUUGAAUUUUAGGCAGUAUUGCAACUUUGCUGCAGUUUGUUUCCACUGAUGCAUUUAUUGGUUCUGUGAACCAGGAGCAGAAUUAAACUCAAUAACCUCC